AUGUCUUCAAUCAAAGAUUUGAUUGCGAAUUACAAGGUUAGCUCGGUUCUCAACAAAAACAGCAAAGAGUUCGGAAAGCAACACUUGUUUGACGGAAACGACGAAACAUGUUGGAAUAGCCAUCAAGGCAAACCACAAUACAUUUAUUUAGAAUUUAAACAGCCAGUGAAUAUUGCAAAAGUUCACAUGAUAUUUCAGGGUGGAUUUGUCGGAAAAGAUUGUCAAUUUUUAAUAGCCAAUGGUAAUGAAGAGCUUACCUACCAUUCUUCUUUUUAUCCCGAUGAUUCGAGUGUGGAACAGGUAUGCAAUUAUUAUUUCGUAAUUUAA